AUGAGAAAUCAAUUACAUUAUUUAACAUUUAUUGGUCGUGAUACUGAUCCAGGUGAACUACUUGUUGAAGAUCGCAGGAGGCCACAUUGUGAUCAUUUUUAUAGUAAUGGACUUGAAACAAGAGCACGUGUGGAUGUUGGAAGAUCAGUUAAUCGAAUAGUUAAAGAUGUUGUUUGUUUUCAUGGCGAAGAUUUUGAAAAAAUUGUUGAACGAUUAAAAAUUGAUAUAUAUCAACAAGCUAUUUCUCAAAAACAACGAUAG